ACGCAGUCCACACAGACCUGGGAUGGAGCAUUGUUGGUCGCCUGUCUUCACACCAUGAAUCGCAAGGCUUUAACACCAUCUGUCAUAGAGUUAACAUUAAAGAGCUUCCCCCGGUGACUCCAGCAGAAGUUAUUAAAGUAUUGGAGUCUGACUUCAAGGACGCUGGUGAAAAUAGCAAAACUGUGUCACAGGAUGACAUCCUCUUCUUGAACAAACUGCAGCAAAGCAUAAGGAAGAACGACCAAGGUCAUUACGAGAUGCCUCUCCCCUUCAAAAUAAGACCCCAUUUGCCUGACAAUAAGCAGAUGGCCAUCGUAAGGCUCAAUCAUCUCAAAAGAAAGCUGCUAAAAGAUGAAAGGUACAAGGAACAUUAUUUGAAGUUUAUGGAAGAAGUCAUUGAGAGAGGUGAUGCAGAAGAAGUGCGAGAUAAUGGAAAGGAUGGUGAGAAGUGGUACAUCCCACAUCAUGGGGUGUAUCAUCCGAAGAAGCCAGAUAAGCUCCGUGUCGUCUUCGAUUGUUCUGCUAAGCACCAGGGGACCAGCCUCAAUGAUCACUUGCUCCAAGGCCCAGAUUUAAUUAAUAAUCUAACUGGUGUUCUUGUAAGGUUCAGACAACAUCCCGUUGCUCUUAUGUGUGAUGUUGAAAGGAUGUUUCACCAAUUUCAUGUGAAAAAGGAAGAUCGGAACUACCUUCAUUUUCUCUGGUGGAAAAAGGGAAACUUGAAUUCACACCCACAAGAAUACCACAUGAAGGUCCAUCUUUUCGGUGCAAGCUCGUCACCUGGAUGCGCCAACUAUGCUCUAAAACAUCUUGCUAAGGAGAGUGAGGCUAUGUAUCCUCUUGGCUCAAAAUACAUCACAACAAACUUUUAUGUAGAUGACGGUGUUACUAGUGUAGCCAGUAAAGAAGAAGCUGUUCAGGUAGCAAAAGAAGCUCGACAGCUGUGUGCCUCAGGUGGUCUUAGACUGCACAGAUUUAUCUCAAAUGACAAAGAUGUCCUGAACAGCAUUCCAAUUUCUGAACGAGCCAUUGUAGUGAAGGAGCUUGAUCUCAACUUUGAUGACACAACUUUAGAGAGAGCGUUAGGGAUCCACUGGCACAUUGAUUCUGACAGAUUCAGAUUCUCUGUUAACCUCAAAGAUCAACCAGCAACACGCCGUGGCAUACUAUCCACAGUUGCUUCACUGUAUGAUCCGCUGGGCUUUAUUGCUCCUUUCGUGCUCAAGGGUAAAUUAGUGCUUCAGGAGAUGUGCAGAAACGGAACAGGCUGGGACGACCCCCUUCCUAAAGAAUUGCAGCCAAAGUGGGAGCAUUGGAAAGCGGAUCUUGUGAACUUGGAAAAGAUCAGUCUACCCCGCUGCUAUGUGCUUGCAAGCUUUGGAAAGGUCAUCAAAAGAGAACUUCAUCACUUCUCUGAUGCCAGCAACAGCGGAUACGGCCAGUGUUCUUAUUUAAGACUCAUGGACAAAGAAGGAAACAUCCAUUGUACCCUGCUUAUAGGUAAAUCCAGAGUUGCUCCCAGUAAGGUCCAGACUAUUCCCAGGCUUGAACUGACAGCAGCCGUCAUCUCAGUUGCCAUGAGCAAUAUGCUUAGACAGGAGCUGGAAUAUGCAGAUCUAGAGGAGCACUUCUGGACUGACUCAAAGGUGGUUUUGGGAUAUAUUAACAAUGAAGCACGGCGCUUUCAUACAUUUGUGGCAAACAGAGUGCAAAAGAUACAUCUUAGCACUACUCCUCAACAGUGGAAAUACGUUCCCACUAAUGAAAACCCUGCUGACCAUGCAUCAAGAGGCUUAAGUGCUGGCGAGAUUCUCUCAUCCAAUUGGUUGACGGGGCCAAAAUUUUUAUGGAAGAAGGAUAUACCUCUCGUUGCAGACAUUGAUACAGCGCUAACGAUUGGAGAUCCUGAAGUGAGACAGGUUCAAGUACUGAGUGCAGAAACAACAGAAGUUAGCCUCUCAGACCGCUUGUCAAAGCUGUCUUCAUGGUCGAGAGCUGUUCAAGCUGUGGCUCGGCUCAUUCGCAGAGUAAAAGGGAAUAAGUCCAGCUGUCACAGUACAGUAGCUGAACGAGAAGAUGCUAAACGCAUCAUCAUUAAGGACCUGCAAAGAAACGUCUAUCCAGAGGAAAUCAAGGUAUUAAGAAAGGGGGCCCGGCUGUCACCUAGUAGCAAGCUGUAUCGUCUUGAUGCCUUCCUAGAUCAAGAAGGAGUACUCAAGGUGGGAGGAAGACUUUGCAAUGCACCUCUACCCAACUUGGUCAUAUACCCAGUGAUCAUCCCCAAAGAUCACCACAUAACAAAGCUGAUCAUAUCUCAAUGUCAUGAGAAUGUCAAGCAUCAAGGAAAGGGUCUCACAAGUAAUGAAAUCAGAUCGCAAGGCUAUUGGAUCCCAGGGAUGAAUAGAGCAGUAGCAUCCCAUUUGCAUUACUGUGUGACAUGUCGGAAGCUCAGGAGACCCACAGAGGAACAAAGAAUGGCCGAUCUCCCAUCAGAGCGUACACAUCCAUCUCCACCAUUCACAUAUUGUGGCAUGGACUGCUUCGGUCCCUUUGUCACCAAACAGGGUCGGAAAGAAUAUAAAAGGUACGGCCUCCUCUUCACAUGUUUUAGCUCCAGGGCUAUCCAUAUUGAAAUGAUAAAUGACAUGUCUACAGAUGCCCUCAUCAAUGGCCUCCGCUGUUUCAUUGCAUUACGAGGAGCAGUACGUCAAAUCAGAUGUGACAGAGGCACAAACUUUGUAGGAGCCAAGAAUGAGCUAAGGAAUGCAUUAGAGGAAAUUGAUGCAGAUCGUCUGUCUGUGUUCCUGGCUGAGAAGCAGUGUGACUUUGUCCUGAACGCACCCCAUUCAAGUCAUGUAGGUGGGGUAUGGGAGAGACAAAUCAGAACAGUAAGGAGUGUUCUUCGCUCAGCGCUCUCACUCUCUUCUGAAAGACUGGAUGAUGCAUCACUGCGGACAUUCUUGUACGAAGCUAUGGCGAUUGUGAACAGUAGACCACUCUCAGUUGACAAUCUUAAUGACCCCAACAGCCUUGCACCUCUCACCCCCAAUAACCUGCUUACCAUGAAGUCUGUUCCAGCAUUACCACCACCAGGCAAAUUCAUCAGAGAAGACAUCUAUGCAAAGAAAAGGUGGCGUCAUGUUCAGUACCUUGCCGAGCAGUUUUGGAGCCGGUGGCGUAAGGAGUAUCUGUCGAACAUUGCCAUCAGGCAAUGCUGGCAUUCAGCAAAAAGAAACUUGCGAGUGGGAGAUAUUGUCAUGGAAAAGACUGAUCUACCCAGAAAUGAGUGGCGGUUGGCCCGAGUUACAGAGACUACUACAGAUAAAGACGGACUUGUAAGAAGAGUUAAGAUGUGCCUUGGUGAUCGAAAACUGGAAAAGGAUGGUCGUCGACUCAACAGGCUAUCUAUCAUUGAACGCCCAGUCCAGAAGCUGAUCCUGUUGCUAGAGACCGUCUAG